AUGGAGGGAGAAAAACAACAGGUGACACCCCAGCUGAUGAUGGCUGUAGGGACAGCUGUGAUUGGCUCUCUCCAGUUUGGCUACAACACAGGUGUCAUCAAUGCUCCUCAGACUAUUAUUGAGAGCUUCUACAAUGAGACUUGGAGCAGCAGGUUUUCAGAGCCCAUCUCUCAGACCACUUUAACAGCUCUGUGGUCACUCUCUGUGGCCAUCUUCUCUGUGGGGGGAAUGUUUGGCUCCUGCUCUGUCGGCCUCUUCGUCAACCACUUUGGCAGGAGGAACUCCAUGCUCAUUGCCAAUGUACUCGCCUUUAUUGCUGCUGCAUUUAUGGGCUUCUCCAAGCUGGCUGCUUCCUUUGAGAUGCUCAUCAUUGGUCGUUUCAUAGUGGGUCUCUACUCUGGUCUCUCCACUGGCUUUGUGCCCAUGUAUGUUGAAGAAAUCUCACCCACAUCUCUCCGGGGAGCUCUAGGCACUCUCCAUCAGCUCGGUGUAGUGAUCGGCAUUCUCAUGGCACAGAUCUUUGGGAUUGAAUCCAUCAUGGGGAAUGCCUCCCUAUGGCCCCUUCUAUUGGGUUUUACUUUGCUGCCAGCAGUGCUGCAGUGUGUCCUGCUUCCUCUCUGUCCUGAGAGCCCCCGAUACCUCCUCAUCAACUGCAAUGAGGAGAGCAAAGCCCGCAGGAUCUUGAUGAAGCUGCGGGGCACUGACGAGGUGAGUGAGGACAUGGAGGAAAUGAAGGAGGAGAGCCAGCACAUGAAGAUGGAGAAGAAGGUGACCAUCCUGGAGCUAUUCCGCUCCCCCAUCUACCGCCAGCCCAUCUUUGUUGCCAUCAUGCUGCAGCUCUCACAGCAGCUAUCUGGAAUCAAUGCUGUGUUUUACUACUCGACUGGGAUCUUUGAGCGAGCAGGUGUGUCCCAGCCUGUCUUUGCAACCAUUGGUGCAGGAGUGGUCAACACUGCAUUCACUGUGGUUUCUUUGUUUGUGGUGGAGCGAACGGGCAGGAGACCACUUCACCUCAUUGGUUUGAUGGGUAUGGCAGUUUCAGCAGUUUUUCUAACUGUUGCCAUGGCAUUGUUGGACCAGCUCAGAUGGAUGUCCUAUGUCAGCAUUGCAGCCAUCUUCAGCUUUGUAGCAUUUUUUGAAAUUGGCCCUGGCCCCAUCCCCUGGUUCAUUGUGGCUGAGCUCUUCAGCCAGGGUCCCCGGCCUGCUGCCAUUGCAGUUGCUGGUUUCUCCAAUUGGUCUGCCAACUUUUUAGUGGGGAUGUGCUUCCAGUAUGUUGAGCAACUCUGUGGUCCAUACGUCUUCAUCAUCUUCACCGUCCUACUGCUAGGCUUCUUUGUCUUCACCUACUUCAAGGUGCCAGAGACCAAGGGCCGCACAUUUGAUGAGAUUGCAGCGGGCUUCCGCCAGUCAGCUGGUCAGGGUGCUGACAAGUACUCAGCCCCUGAAGAGUUCAGCACCCUCAGGGGGGAUGACCCCGACCUUUGA